AUGGCAGAAACCACGUCUCACCAAGAGAUUCUUCCUGUCGAGCAUGUUGCGUACUAUCCAGACCUCAAUGUGCCUAAAAACUUGAAGCUGAGAGCGUCAACAUUUUUAAAUCCUCGCUCCCCUCCCCCAACUCCUCCAAAAUCAGCUUCAUAUAGCCGUGAAACUCUUGCAUCUUCUCUAGCAAAACGAGAUAAUGAAGGGGCUCAUCCUUCAAUGGUAACCAUACCUCUAGAUACUGCUGAAGGGGAUUUGUCUAUUCCUGAUGUCCCGGCUCCUGCUCGGAGCUUUGAGUUUAAUUGGCUUGAUAUGACUCCAUCAAGCGUUGUUAAAAAGUUCUUUGACCAUGAUGAAAAAGAUGACUGCGGUCUUAGUGCUGAAGUUGAUUUCUCUGAAAGAGAAGGCAUAGAGAUGGUUGACUUAAUUCCUAUGGCUAUCCUAAAAGACCUGUCAACUCAGAAUUGCAAAGAUCCAUUUGACAAUUGUCAUAAACCACGGAAUUCUCAGAUUCAUCACUCAGCACUUGAAGUCCGCAACACUCGCUUCAAUCCUGCAUCUGACCACAGCAGUGAUGACGAUGACGAUGGCUUAAUUGAAUAUCACAAGUUUCAAUUCUCAAUGAGACACCCGCUACCUCCCGCUGGUGAGAUCGAGGAUCUUGCUAUCUCCCCAGCUAGCGGAGUUAAUCUGUUGGUGGCUAAGAGGAGAAGCCAGCUCGAGGAUGGGGAUAUCAGAGGCCAAGAAGUGGGUGAUAAUUUGCCCCAGCAUGGCCCGCAAACUGCAAGUGCAAUGUUUAUGUUGCAAAAUAGGAUUGAUGAGGGGAACCGCUUCAACAAGACAUCUUUGUACCCGCCAAAAGCCCGCUUGUACAACUGCGCUGCCAAUAAUCGGCCUUUAACUCAUCAACCGUAUUCCGUAGCAGAAAGCAGCCGCGCUGGUGCCAUUCGUGAGAGCAGAGCUAGAGGGGGUGCUGUCGCCCCUUAUCGCGAUACUAAAAGCUGUGAUUAUGGAGAUAAGCCUAGCUAUGAGUCUGGUGCUCCUGCCAGCAGGGCCGCUGGCCAUAGUCGGCGCUCGGAUAGAUAUAGAUCCGAUUUCAGCAUUCCGGAAAGUAUUGAUAUCACUAAUGAAGCGAAUCAUACUCUUGGGAACAAUUUUAAAGCUACUCACAAGAGUAAACUAGAGAGGGAAAAUAGAGCUCGUAUUGUUAAAUCCACCUUCGCACUCCGGAGUGAAGUCAGUGAUAGCACCAAUAAUGGCAUUAUCAACGGGCCAGACGGCGAGAUAUCUCGGGAUAGGAACAAAUCUAAGAGCCGGUGUGCCUAUGAUAUUAACGGACUUCUCCCCCGUGAAACUCCAGUCUCUCGGAUUGCCUUGGCCCCAUUCAAGGCAAGGAUCUCUCUCUCUGCGGUCCAACCAAGACAAAGGGCUUCUACCGCGGCUGUGGAAGAUUCUUCUAUUGAUAUUAGUGAUAUGAAGGUUUCAGCUGAUGAGGAGACCACUACCGACAGAGAGGCUUCCCUUCAUAAGAAGCCUCCUACUAGAAACGCACAUACUAGCACUGUGGUUGCCGCCAACAAGCGAACUACAUUUGGCGGCCCGCCGCCGGCUCCAUUCCUGUUUCCGCCGGGAUUUGCGCUCCAAAGCGAAUAUACUGCGGCAGAGGUUCUCCUCUCAAUGGAAUGUAAAAACCGUUCCACCACUAGCAUGACACCGGUACAUGUCGUCUCUACUCGUGUUCAACGUUCAAGCUCAUGGGACGGACAGGCUCCGUUGUCCAAACCCGAUAGUGGGCGGAGAUACACUGCUGCGGGUUGCAUUAGGGGAGGGAUGAGAUAA